CCAACAGCACCUGAUGAGAGAAGUAGCGCACACACAAAUACACGUGAUCACGUGAAUAUGCAAAUGCAAAACAUUUUAACAGCUAUUGAACACAUUAAAAGCAAAACGAAAACACCCAUUGUAGGUACAUACACACAUCUCACAGAUGCAUCUGUACAAAAAUUACCAAUAAUGUUUUUAACUGUUUCAGGGAAAGACAUAGCAUUUAUUGUUGACUAUGGAGCUACAUGUUCAGUGAUUAAACAAUGUGACCUACCUGACGUGAAACUCAGUGGUAGACAUGUUAUCUCCAUUGGUGCUAGCGGUAUGCGGGUACGGGAAAAAUUCACAACACCCAUUGCUUGUGUUCAUUCUGAUCCUAUGACCAAAAUUAAACAUUCUUUUCUUCUGUCCUCAUGCUGUCCAUUCAAUCUCCUGGGACGAGACCUGAUGUUGACACUGGGGAUAGACCUCAUCUCAACACCAGAGGGCGUUAAAGCCAUAAGAGGCCCAUUAGAACCGCCUUCUAUCUACUCAAUGCUUAAGUACCCUGAUACACACACGCUGUUUGUUUACCAAUGGUGGAUUCCACUGUCUCCAGCUGACAUGUUUACAGACCGUGCACAUGUUUUGGUGAGUCCUAACGCAGAUUUUAUGCGUUCUGAGAACCUCCACUGCACGUUUCACGUGUCUACACACCCAGACGAAGAGUAUGAAGAAGAUUUCCUGACUGAACUGAAUGAUGACAUGAUCACUGACUCUCUCUACUGGUCUGAAAUGCACAGCGCAAUAACUGUGGUGUUAACAUCCACACAACUCGAGUACUAUAAAAUUCCUGGCAGUAUUCCACACAUCUCGCUCUCAAAAAAACAAACUCAUCAGUGGCGAGACCUGGGACCAUGGGUUAAAUCCUGUGCCUCCCUAGUGGAUUGGACUGUUACCACAGAUCCAAACGUUCUCUAUUCACCAUCUGCACAUGUGUACAAAACAAAGUGGCGAACAAUUAGCCCUGUCUUACAUUCAGUAUAUGUUCUAUGUACUGACUCAGACACAGAAAAUGCACAUACACUCCUCACAGCCACCGAUGUUCAUCCGGCCCUAGGGAUUAUCCCUGAUUCCCUAUGGGCAAAAGGCAAGUAUGAUGUAGGGUUAAUCAGAAACCGUGAACCUGUAGUGGUUACACCCAAAUCUGACUAUAGGCCAAAGAGACCACAAUACCCACUGCGCAAAGAAGCCGCUGAAGGUAUAAAACCAGUUUUUGAGUCUCUCUUACAGGCAGGAGUAAUCAUCCCCUGUGACGACUCACCUGUGUGCACACCUAUUUUUCCUGUACAAAAAUACAGGGAGCCCCCUGCUAACCCAGAAUGGCGUUUUGUUCAAGACCUAAAACCAGUUAACGCUGCAAUUCACGCUAGAACACCAAAUGUGCCUAACCCUUACACCAUCCUAACCCAGGUGCCGUCCACCUCCAAAUGGUUCUCUGUGGUGGAUCUGUCCAACGCCUUUUUUAGCGUUUCCGUUGAUCCUGACUCCCAAUUCUGGUUUGUGUUCCAGUUUGACGGUAAAGGUUACACUUUUACCCGCCUUCCUCAGGGGUAUGCAGAAUCACCCACCAUUUACAACGCAACAUUAUGCGCGUCACUCGCUCCAUUGAAACUCACUGACAACACAGCCCUCCUACAAUAUGUAGAUGACCUGUUACUUUGCGCGCCCACUGAAGAGCAGUGCACCACAGACACCAUCAUGCUGUUGAAACACCUGGCAAAGGAAGGGCACAAAGCUGAUCUGUUAGAUGCUAUUUUACUCCCCACACAGAUUGCAGUCUGCAAAUGUGUUGCUCACACCAACUUCUCUGACCCUGUCUCUAUAGGAAACGCUAGGGUGGAUGCAGCUGAAAAAGCAGCUUGUUGCCUGCCUCUGCCACAGCAGCUUGCAGAAGCUGAUGUCACGUGUUUUCUUUCACUUCCUUCCUCUCUCUCAGCAGUUCAGUCACUGGCAUCAGACAAACAUCAAUGGAAGACUGCAGGAGCUACAUUUGACACUGGCAUGUGGGUGGGGCCAAACGGCAAACCGUGUCUGCCCUCUGCACUCUUUUCACAUUAUGCUAAAUUGACACAUGGGUUAGACCAUGUAUCAAAAGGGGGAAUGCAAGAAAUGAUAAAUCAGAAUUGGUUCACAAAAGGCUUUUCAGCCUAUGCUCAAAAACAUUGCCAAGCCUAUGUAAUUUGUGCUUCACACAACCCAGGCAGAUCAAUUCAAAUCACACAACAAGCAGCACAUCCACCCCCAAUCAGACCGUUUGAACAUGUUAUGAUGGACUUCAUUGAACUUACACCAUCAGAAGGUAAGAAAUAUUGUCUUGUCAUGGUUGACAUGUGGUCAAAAUGGGUUGAAGCCUUUCCAGCCUCAAAAAGCACAGCAUCAGUGGUAGCAAAAGCACUACUAUCCGAAGUAAUUCCGCGUUGGGGAAUUCCGAGUAAAUUGUCGAGUGACAACGGACUGCACUUUGCAAACGAAGCAGUUGACCAAAUUUCUCAGUACCUAGGUACAGAUGUAAGAAAACACUGUGCUUACCACCCAGCCAGUGGUGGUGCUGUUGAAUGAGAGAACGGAAUUCUGAAGAACAAA